GUUAACAAACCAAAAAAUACGGAGCUGCUCAGUGUUGCCUCAAGGCAACGGUUUGAUCUUCUACAGUUAACCUCCCUAGAGUCCAUUUUCUCUAAUGCAUCACCCCCUCAACUGAAAACGUCACUGUGGAGAUGACUUAAGGAGGGGAAGGAUGCAUGCCUCAUGAGCUCCUGAAGACUUCACCAACCUACUUGGGACCCAGGCCUCUCUCUCCUAUACAUAAACAGACAUGAAGCCCUCAAUCUUCUAUACCCGCCAGUAUGAUGCUGGUGUGCCAGAGGAGUCUGAAGAUGAAAAUUUAGAGAGUGAAGAUGAUGAUUAUGACCCUGAAAACGACACAGAAGCUCCUGAGGAUGAAGAAAGAGAUGAUGAUACAGACGAAGAUGAAAGUGAAGAGGAGCCAGUUCCAAGCACCUCUAAUAAAGGAAAGCCAGUAGUUAGAAGAACUAUUGACUGAUUCCCCAAGAACAAAGAAACUUCCUCUUCUGAUGUUCAAGCUAGAAGUAGCAGAGUGCUUACUACAGAAAGGAAAAACAAUUGGAACAAAAAGAGGAAGGCCAUCUGCAGAUGUUGAUGAGUUGUACAAAGUCAAAGCAAGAAAGGGCCCAACAGUAAAAAUACCAGCCAAAGCAAUAAGAACUGACCAGUAUGGUCAUUUUCCAGAAUUUGGAAACAAAAAGGGACGAUGCAAGAACCCUGGAUGUAGUGGAAUAUGCAAGGUGUUCUGCUGCAAAUGCAAAGUCAAUUUG